GCCACUGCCCACUGCGCUUGUGGAUGCUCAGCGCAACAAGUUAGCCAGCAGACAUUUGAUCUGCUCAGUGCUCCUCUGCUUUCGUAUUGACAACUCCCACAACCGCUUCUCCUCUUCCAGUCUUGUCUACCUUUCCCCACGGACUACUUUACUAUCGAGGACGAUGAUGUGGACAUUCGCCCGACUUUCCCUUCUGUGAGUGCGCCGUGGAAGUGAUAUACUCGACAGCAUAGCUACCCGCAGCUUCCACCACGGAUGAUGAUGAUGAUGAUGACGAUGAUGAUGGACCAACAGGAGCAGAGUGAUGACAUCAGUGUCCUGAGCCCGCUGGAGUUGCUGACCGAGGCCGCCAAGGAGGACGAUGGGCACUGCCAACCACAGUUCAGGCUGCAACUGAUUGAUGACCUGACGUAUGAAGAUGUCAAGAAAUGCUACAGGGGCUCGACCGUCAGCAAGUACAACUCCCAGUACCACAAGCUGUUCCAGAGCGUCCCCAAGGAGGAGAUCCUUAUGAAAGUGUAUUCCUGCGCUCUCCUCCGAGACAUCCUACUUCAGGGUCGCCUCUACAUCUCCCGCAACUGGCUGUGUUUCUAUGCCAACCUCUUUGGGAAGGACAUCAAGGUUGCCAUUCCGGUGGUGUCAGUACGGCUGGUGAAGAAGCACAGGACGGCAGGCCUGGUACCCAACGGGUUGGCCAUCACCGUGGACACCAGCCAGAAGUAUGUGUUUGUGUCCUUGCUGUCUCGAGACAGUGUCUACGACGUCCUCAGGAGGAUCUGCACACACCUUCAGGUGAAUGGGAAGAAAAGUCUUAGCCUGAAGCAAUACUUGGAGGAGCCUAGCUCACUAUCUAUGGAUGAGUUCCCCGUGGUCAAUGACUUCCCUCCGGUGUUGAAGUGGAGGAGGAAGCCGUCCAUUCCGUCCGUGUCCUCCUCUCUCCCGGAUCUCCUUGGUAACUCCACCAGCAGUCGGAGUGCAGUGGACAUCCCCUACCUACCUACGGAGGUUCCACUGACAUUAAAGGAGCGGAGUCUGGAGACAGGGAAGAUCCUCCUGACAGAGCCAGUACACGAACUGGGCCACAUGGAGUACCAGCUGCUCAAGUUCUUCAUCCUGCUUAUCGUCCUGCUCGUUUUGUCCUCCUGUUACCUGGCCUUCCGUGUGUGUUGUCUAGAGCAGAAGCUGUCCUUCCUCAACACACAUCCCACAAUGCCCAUGAGAGAGAGGUAACAUUUGCUGCAUGCUGCGUCAACAUUGGACAGAUGGUCUGUCAGUCACGGAGGUUCUCCUGGCGAUUGGGCAAACAGAGACUCUGUUUGUUUACCUGUUCUCUCUGUCCCACCCUGUAGGUGUGGAGAAGUGCCCUGCUGGUUCAAUGAAAAGACAAUGACUUGAGAAAAGCCAAGACCUGAAGCCAAAACUGCAGUUAAAUAGACAGUCCAAUAGGGGGUGCCAGAGAGACAAUAAUCCUCUUGUCGUUCCCUAGAAAGACUAUGCACUGCAGACAAAAGACUGGAAUGGAAAGAGGAGGAUAGAGGAGAAUUGGAAGUAGACGACUACAGAGUAGGUGUCAAUGGGACAGUGCCAACGGAGUUCACCUGACCUUUGACCUCAAAGUCCUUGUUCUACUCGGAUGCUGCCAAGAAACUUUACAAUACCAGUCAACUGAUCAGACACUUCCGGGUCCAGGAUUUUAGAGACAGAGCCUUUUGUCAGACACAGAGCCUUUUGUCAGAGACACAGAGCCUGUUGUCAGACACACAGAGCCUGUUAUCAGACACACAGAGCCUGUUAUCAGACACACAGAGCCUGUUGUCAGAGGCAGAGCCUGUUGUCAGACACAGAGCAUGUUAUCAGACACACAGAGCCUGUUGUCAGAGGCAGAGCCUGUUAUCAGACACACAGAGCCUGUUAUCAGAGGCAGAGCCUGUUAUCAGACACACAGAGCCUGUUGUCAGACACACAGAGCCUGUUGUCAGACACACAGAGCCUGUUAUCAGACACACAGAGCCUGUUGUCAGACACACAGAGCCUGUUUUCAGACACACAGAGCCUGUUUUCAGAGGCAGAGCCUGUUGUCAGACACACAGAGCCUGUUAUCAGACACAGAGCCUGUUAUCAGACACAGAGCCUGUUGUCAGACACACAGAGCCUAUUGUCAGACACACAGAGCCUGUUGUCAGACACAGAGCCUGUUGUCAGACACACAGAGCCUGUUGUCAGACAUAUAAAUAUUAUAAUAUUCCAUGAGGAGGUGUGUAAUAUAAAUAUUAUAAUAUUCCACGAGGAGGAGAUGUGUACUAUAAAUAUUAUAAUGUUCCACGAGGAGGUGUGUUCUAUAAAUAUUAUAAUGUUUGAGGAGGAGGUGUGUACUAUAAAUAUUAUAAUGUUCCACGAGGAGGUGUGUUCUAUAUAUAUUAUAAUGUUUGAGGAGGAGGUGUGUACUAUAAAUAUUAUAAUAUUCCAUGAGGAGGAGGUGUGUACUAUAAAUAUUAUAAUGUUCCAUGAGGAGGAGGUGUGUACUAUAAAUAUUAUAAUAUUCCAUGAGGAGGUGUGUAAUAUAAAUAUUAUAAUGUUUGAGGAGGAGGUGUGUACUAUAAAUAUUAUAAUAUUCCAUGAGGAGGAGGUGUGUACUAUAAAUAUUAUAAUGUUCCAUGAGGAGGUGUGUACUAUAAAUAUUAUAAUAUUCCAUGAGGAGGAGGUGUGUACUAUAAAUAUUAUAAUAUUCCAUGAGGAGGUGUGUACUAUAAAUAUUAUAAUAUUCCAUGAGGAGGAGGUGUGUACUAUAAAUAUUAUAAUAUUCCAUGAGGAGGUGUGUACUAUAAAUAUUAUAAUGUUCCAUGAGGAGGAGGUGUGUACUAUAAAUAUUAUAAUGUUUGAGGAGGAGGUGUGUACUAUAAAUAUUAUAAUAUUCCAUGAGGAGGAGGUGUGUAAAAUAAAUAUUAUAAUGUUCCAUGAGGAGGUGUGUACUAUAAAUAUUAUAAUAUUCCAUGAGGAGGUGUGUACUAUAAAUAUUAUAAUAUUCCAUGAGGAGGUGUGUACUAUAAAUAUUAUAAUAUUCCAUGAGGAGGAGGUGUGUACUAUAAAUAUUAUAAUAUUCCAUGAGGAGGAGGUGUGUACUAUAAAUAUUAUAAUGUUCCAUGAGGAGGAGGUGUGUACUAUAAAUAUUAUAAUGUUCCAUGAGGAGGUGUGUACUAUAAAUAUUAUAAUGUUCCACGAGGAGGUGUGUUCUAUAUAUAUUAUAAUGUUUGAGGAGGAGGUGUGUACUAUAAAUAUUAUAAUAUUCCAUGAGGAGGAGGUGUGUACUAUAAAUAUUAUAAUAUUCCAUGAGGAGGUGUGUACUAUAAAUAUUAUAAUGUUCCAUGAGGAGGUGUGUACUAUAAAUAUUAUAAUGUUCCAUGAGGAGGUGUGUUCUAUAAAUAUUAUAAUGUUCCAUGAGGAGGAGGUGUGUACUAUAAAUAUUAUACUAUUCCAUGAGGAGGAGGUGUGUACUAUAAAUAUUAUACUAUUCCAUGAGGAGGAGGUGUGUACUAUAAAUAUUAUAAUAUUCCAUGAGGAGGUGUGUUCUAUAAAUAUUAUAAUGUUCCAUGAGGAGGAGGUGUGUACUAUAAAUAUUAUAAUGUUCCAUGAGGAGGUGUGUACUAUAUAUAUUAUAAUGUUUGAGGAGGAGGUGUGUACUAUAAAUAUUAUAAUAUUCCAUGAGGAGGAGGUGUGUACUAUAAAUAUUAUAAUGUUCCAUGAGGAGGUGUGUACUAUAAAUAUUAUAAUGUUCCAUGAGGCGGUGUGUAAUAUAUAUAUUAUAAUGUUUGAGGAGGAGGUGUGUACUAUAAAUAUUAUAAUGUUCCAUGAGGAGGUGUGUACUAUAAAUAUUAUAAUGUUCCAUGGGGAGGUGUGUAAUAUAUAUAUUAUAAUGUUUGAGGAGGAGGUGUGUACUAUAAAUAUUAUAAUGUUCCAUGAGGAGGUGUGUAAUAUAUAUAUUAUAAUGUUUGAGGAGGAGGUGUGUACUAUAAAUAUUAUAAUAUUCCAUGAGGAGUAGGUGUGUACUAUAAAUAUUAUAAUGUUCCAUGAGGAGGAGGUGUGUAAUAUAAAUAUUAUAAUGUUCCAUGAGGAGGUGUGUACUAUAAAUAUUAUAAUAUUCCAUGAGGAGGUGUGUAAUAUAAAUAUUAUAAUGUUCCAUGAGGAGGAGGUGUGUACUAUAAAUAUUAUAAUGUUAUGAGGAGGAGGUGUGUACUAUAAAUAUUAUAAUGUUCCAUGAGGAGGUGUGUACUAUAAAUAUUAUAAUGUUCCAUGAGGCGGUGUGUAAUAUAUAUAUUAUAAUGUUUGAGGAGGAGGUGUGUACUAUAAAUAUUAUAAUGUUCCAUGAGGAGGUGUGUACUAUAAAUAUUAUAAUGUUCCAUGAGGCGGUGUGUAAUAUAUAUAUUAUAAUGUUUGAGGAGGAGGUGUGUACUAUAAAUAUUAUAAUGUUCCAUGAGGAGGUGUGUACUAUAUAUAUUAUAAUGUUUGAGGAGGAGGUGUGUACUAUAAAUAUUAUAAUGUUCCAUGAGGAGGUGUGUACUAUAAAUAUUAUAAUGUUCCAUGAGGCGGAGGUGUGUAAUAUAAAUAUUAUAAUGUUUGAGGAGGAGGUGUGUACUAUAAAUAUUAUAAUGUUCCAUGAGGAGGUGUGUACUAUAAAUAUUAUAAUGUUCCAUGAGGAGGUGUGUAAUAUAUAUAUUAUAAUGUUUGAGGAGGAGGUGUGUACUAUAAAUAUUAUAAUGUUCCAUGAGGAGGUGUGUAAUAUAUAUAUUAUAAUGUUCCAUGAGGAGGAGGUGUGUACUAUAAAUAUUAUAAUAUUCCAUGAGGAGGAGGUGUGUACUAUAAAUAUUAUAAUGUUCCAUGAGGAGGAGGUGUGUAAUAUAAAUAUUAUAAUGUUCCAUGAGGAGGUGUGUACUAUAAAUAUUAUAAUAUUCCAUGAGGAGGUGUGUAAUAUAAAUAUUAUAAUGUUCCAUGAGGAGGUGUGUAAUAUAAAUAUUAUAAUGUUCCAUGAGGAGGAGGUGUGGUCUAUAAAUAUUAUAAUGUUCCAUGAGGAGGAGGUGUGUACUAUAAAUAUUAUAAUGUUUGAGGAGGAGGAGGUGUGUACUAUAAAUAUUAUAAUGUUUGAGGAGGAGGAGGUGUGUACUAUAAAUAUUAUAAUGUUUGAGGAGGAGGUGUGUAAUAUAAAUAUUAUAAUAUUCCAUGAGGAGGAGGUGUGUACUAUAAAUAUUAUAAUGUUCCAUGAGGAGGUGUGUACUAUAAAUAUUAUAAUGUUCCAUGAGGAGGAGGUGUGUACUAUAAAUAUUAUAAUAUUUCAUGAGGAGGUGUGUAAAUAUAAAUAUUAUAAUAUUCCAUGAGGAGGAGAUGUGUACUAUAAAUAUUAUAAUGUUCCAUGAGGAGGUGUGUAAUAUAAAUAUUGUAAAUUACUUGAAACCUAAUCAUGCAUUUCAGAGGUUAUAAGGUAAAAGAUAAGAUAACUACAUAGAAGACAAGGUAUUCAUGUAAUCCAUGGUGUGUAAAAAACCCUGUCUCCACUUCGAGUACUAGCAUAUCUGAGUCUGGGCAGACAGAAAUGUGUAGACUAGAAUGUACUUCUUUUUCUUUUUUCUCUGUAUUUAUUUGUAUGCAAUUUUGUACUGAGUCACAAAGGCAUGUUGUUUUUAGUAAGUAGAUAUGGGUGUGUUCACUGGAGUAUUUCUGACCUGGGUCGAGUUCAUUAGGAACAUAAUAGGGAGGGAAAACUGAUUGAAAUGGAGGGGGAACUACUUGUAUUUGUCCAAAUAGAAGUGCUAAUUCCGUUUUCUGUACAAAACGUUUUAGAAUGUUUUCCAUUUGCGUGCCCUAAUGAAUACGGCUCUGUCUUGCAGUAGGGCUGGAGUCACAGCAGUGUAGAACAGUAGGGCUGGAGUCACAGCAGCAGGGCUGGAGUCACAGUAGUGUAGGGCAGUAGGGCUGGAGUCACAGCAGUGCAGGGCAGUAGGGCUGGAGUCACAGCAGUGUAGGGCUGGAGUCACAGCAGUGUAGGGCAGUAGGGCUGGAGUCACAGCAGUGUAGGGCUGGAGUCACAGCAAUGUAGGGCAGUAGGGCUGGAGUCACAGCAGUGUAGGGCUGGAGUCACAGCAGUGUAGGGCUGGAGUCACAGCAGUGUAGGGCAGUAUGGCUGGAGUCACAGCUGUGUAGGGCAGUAGGGCUGGAGUCACAGCAGUGUAGGGCAGUAGGGCUGGAGUCACAGCAGUGCAGGGCAGUAGGUCUGCAGUCACAGCAGUGCAGGGCAGUAGGGCUGGAGUCACAGCAGUGUAGGGCAGUAGGGCUGGAGUCACAGCAGUGUAGGGCUGGAGACACAGCAGUGUAGGGCAGUAGGGCUGGAGUCACAGCAGUGCAGGGCUGGAGUCACAGCAGUGUAGGGCAGUAGGGCUGGAGUCACAGCAGGGCAGGGCUGGAGUCACAGCAGUGUAGGGCUGGAGUCACAGCAGUGCAGGGCUGGAGUCACAGCAGUGUCGUGUAGUAGGGCUGGAGUCACAGCAGGGCUGGAGUCAUAGCAGUGUAGGGCAGCAGGGCUGGAGUCACAGCAGUGUAGUGUAGUAGGGUUGGAGUCACAGCAGUGUAGGGCUGGAGUCACAGCAGGGCUGGAGUCAUAGCAGUGUAGGGCAGUAGGACUGGAGUCACUGCAGUGCAGGGCUGGAGUCACAGCAGUGUAGGGCAGUAGGGCUGGAGUCACAGCAGUGUCGUGUAGUAGGGUUGGAGUCACAGCAGUGUAGGGCUGGAGUCAUAGCAGUGUAGGGCUGGAGUCACAGCGGUGUAGGGCAGUAGGGCUGGAGUCACAGCAGUGGAGGGCAGUAGGGCUGGAGUCACAGCAGUGUAGGGCUGGAGUCACAGCAGUGUAGGGCAGUAGGGCUGGAGUCACAGCAGUGCAGGGCUGGAGUCACAGCAGUGUAGGGCAGUAGGGCUGGAGUCACAGCAGUGCAGGGCUGGAGUCACAGCAGUGUAGGGCAGUAGGGCUGGAGUCACAGCAGUGCAGGGCUGGAGUCACAGCAGUGUAGGGCAGUAGGGCUGGAGUCACAGCAGUGUAGGGCUGGAGUCACAGCAGUGUAUGGGCUGGAGUCACAGCAGUGUAGGGCAGUAGGGCUGGAGUCACAGCAGUGUAGGGCUGGAGUCACAGCAGUGUAGGGCAGUAGGGCUGGAGUCACAGCAGUGUAGGGCAUGACUUUGGGACAGCAGUGACUAAUAAACAGCCUCCCUUGCCCCCUG